UGCAGUCAGAUCCGGGGAUGGAGGGAGCCGGAGAAGAGGAGUGAGGAGGCCGGGGAGGCAGGCCCUGCUGCCCUCCUGGAGGCUGGCAGCCUGCUGUGGCAGUGGAGGCGCAGGCCUCCCAGCAAGGGAAGGGGUCAGGAGGUCGGGCCCGGCCUUAGCAGGCUCAGACAAGGCCCAAGAAGGGAGCACCAGGCCCUCUGGAGUUCAGGGCCCAGGCCUGGUUCGCUUGUCCAGAGGGGACCUAGGCCAGGCCUCUAGUGGAGACACAGUCAGAGCCAGAGCAAGGCCUCAGGGCGCGGCCUAGCCGCCUGUGAGCCAAGUUAGGGGUAGGGAGCAAGAACCCUUAGGGGUCUCAGAGACUAAGGCGGGUAGGGGGCUUCAGGGCCUCCCAGUCCACAGCCGGAUUGGCGAGUUAGACGCUUGUAGAUCCAAGGUUGGAUUGGGGUGGGGUCUCUGGGACGUUGGCUAACUGUGCAAGGAUUGGGGGGAUUUAAGUGCUUAGAGAUCGAAGGCAGGCCUUGGGUAGGGGGAGUCAGACAAUUGGAAAGCCUAGGUGGUUAUUUGGGGAGGGGUCUUUGCGCCUUGGCGAAGCGCAAAGCUGCAACUGCUUGGCUUGAGGCCUGAGGCCUUGUCAAGGGAGGCUUGUGUGCAGGGUGGGCCGACUAGGCCAGGCUAAGGGAAAGAAAGUGAAUCAAUCUGGAAUAUAAGUGGGCGGGGGGCCCCUGAGAGGGGUGUCACAAGAGGUGAGACAUGGCCACCAGGCGUUUAACCGACGCUUUCUUGUUGUUGCGGAAUAAUUCCAUCCAAAACCGGCAGCUGUUAGCCGAGCAAGAGCUGGAUGAGAGAACUCUGAGAUUUCUUAAGCUGCUUGUCUGUUAGCAAAGCCAUCGAGCCUUCUGAGCCUGCUUGCUGAUGACCGUAUGGCUCUGGUAUCAGGCAUUAGCUUAGAUCCAGAAGCAGCAAUUGGCGUGACAAAACGAUCACCUCCUAAGUGGGUGGAUGGAGUGGAUGAAAUACAGUACGAUGUUGGCCGAAUUAAGCAGAAGAUGAAGGAAUUAGCUAGCCUUCAUGACCAACAUUUGAACAGACCCACCCUGGACGACAGCAGUGAGCAGGAGCACGCCAUUGAAAUAACCACCCAAGAGAUCACUCAGCUCUUCCACAGAUGCCAGCGUGCGGUGCAGGCUCUGCCCAGCCGGGCCCGCAGGGCCUGCUCGGAGCAGGAGGAGCGGCUCCUUCGCAACGUGGUGGCCUCCCUGGCGCAGGCUCUGCAGGAGCUGUCCACCAGUUUCCGGCGCGCACAGUCAGGCUACCUCAAACGCAUGAAGAAUCGAGAGGAAAGAUCCCAGCAUUUUUUUGAUACAUCAGUACCACUAAUGGAUGAUGGAGACGAUAAUACUCUUUAUGAUCGGGGUUUUACAGAUGACCAGUUAGUGCUGGUGGAGCAGAAUACACUGAUGGUGGAAGAGAGGGAGCGGGAGAUUCGCCAGAUCGUACAGUCUAUUUCUGACCUCAAUGAAAUUUUCAGAGACUUAGGAGCAAUGAUUGUAGAACAGGGUACAGUCCUUGAUAGAAUUGACUAUAAUGUUGAACAGUCCUGUAUCAAAACUGAAGAUGGCUUGAAACAGCUUCACAAGGCAGAGCAGUAUCAAAAGAAGAAUCGGAAGAUGCUUGUGAUUUUAAUAUUAUUUGUCAUCAUCAUUGUCCUCAUUGUUGUCCUUGUCAGCGUGAAGUCUCACUAAGCAGCGUUGGGUCUGUGUGUGCGGCACGUGUGGAUUCCCAGGUGUGAGGGGCUUGGCCGCGCUCCGCGGGCUGCCUGCAGAGGUGCAGCCCCACGGAUCUGCGUCAGGGCGGCGAGCGUUUCCAUGGACUCCUCGUCAAACAGUCAUGCUCGAGCAAGGGCAGUGGGCUUCUGUUUUUCUUUCAUUGUCAAGAAUUUAAGAACCUUUGGUACUGCUGCAGAAUAGAGAUUGAGUUCUGUCAUCAGUUAUAUAUUUUUUUAGAAAGAGAAAAUGAAUUGAACGUUUACAGGCACUCCGCAAGCUGUUCAAUAUUAUGUGUGUAUAUGCUAUUUUUUUAGCAGUCAUGUCUGAGCAGCAUGUUAAAAUAAUUUUUGGAAAAAAUUUUUUUAAAACCAUCUGGUUUUUAAGAAAUUUGGUACCAAAAAUUUAUGAGUAGAGGCAAAAAUGCCUCUUCAUCUUUCUCUAUAUAUUUUCCAGUUGAAAACAAACUGAGAAGUCCUUUAAGAAUUUAUAAUCCAUUCCCCAUUAACUUAAUUUAGCUUUUCCAUCACUGUUAAUGAUCAGAGUAACAAAGUGUGAAAAAUAAGAAACCAUCAUUGAUGUUAAUUAACACAUUUAGAUGGGCCAGUUAAAACAGCUUCAUAAGUUUAAAUUAAUGGUAAAUGGAGUAUUCCUCAUCUAAAGUGUGUGCACUCCAUUUUCUACUGUCAACCAAAAGGGUUACAGAGCAAAGCCACCUAAAUUUAAAAGUUGGUGAUUUGAACUAACCUCACAUUAAAGGGAAACUUAGCAGCGUCAUGAGAGUCACCAGAAUCAGCCGGUGUGUCCCUGUGCUCGUCCCCAGCCAUCCUUGCUCAAUCCAUUCCUUAUAUACUAACUACAUAAUGACCUGUUCAAACCAGACACCAUUUAAUGAACUGUGAAUUUACACAGAGGCCAUUCUAAAUGGGUCACCCCAUUUAGAACUAGUGGCUCUCAAAUUAUUAACCAAACAUCACUCCAUUUCAAGGUAAAAUAUUCCACCAGUGGUUUGAUUUAUUGGCUCUUACAUUGCCACUUAACAUGCCCAGAAAGUAGGCAUAUUCCUGCGGAUUGUGAAAAUCUUGACUAGGAAAUCCCUCACUUGUGUGAGCGUGAAUCAGAUUGCCAAAGUAGGACUUUGUCGUUUACUUACCUGGUAUCAAUAUGGUGCUCGAAUAUAUUCCUGAAACUAGAAUAAUGUGGAAAGUGAUGAUAACUUUGAAAAACUGGAGUUGUUCAUGUUUUAGUUGGUCUUGGGACACCAGUAUAGUUUUAAUGAUCUUUGUAUAAUUUUAGGUGGCUUUUCCAUUGUUUUUACCUCUCUUAAAAAGUUUAAGAAGAGCAUGACCUCAUUAAAUGUGCUACAUUUUAUUUGGACCAGUCACAUAAAAUGUCUCUCUAGAAUUGACUUUGAAGUUGUUUCCAGAAAUUUAAACUCAAGUCCAGAGAUUCAUGUCGUCCAAAUAGAGCACAGGCUUAAUACCCAAACCCCUGCCCCACCCUUCCCUUCCCAGGUUGUUUAUAACACCAGGCAGCCACUGGUUUUCUUAUUACUGAUGUGGCUAUUGAAUGAUCUCAAGGUGUCCCUGGCAUUUGAGGAAAUAGCCUGGUGUUCCCUGACAAACAAUUAUUUAUUAGGAAAGAAGGUCAGGGAGUAAGAAUCCAGCACCUCUUUGAUCACCCCUGAAAUGUGGGGCUUUUACAGAUCUUGAGAGUAGCUGUAGGUGUCCGUUAGUCCCAGCAGAUUUUAACUCAAUGGUGAAGUUGAGAUGUCCUGUUAGACCAGCUCCUCCUAAGAGUGGGGCUGUUCACAUCCUGGGGCUUCCCUCCCAGGUGGUCUACGAUGGUGAUGCUGGAGUAUUGUUAAAGCUUUUAAAUGCUGAGUCUUAGCAACCCUUGAAGGAAAGUGACCCUUUAAGAAGGAUCACCAUUUAUUUAUAUUUAUUUCCAGUGAAUAGGGUGAUUUAGGGUUGGUUUUUAUCCCCCCAACCCAUUUGGGUAAGAUAAUGGAUCUGAUUAGAAAUGGUUUUAAGGAUCUCAUGUGGGGAUGGGGCAACAGUCCCAUUCUGACUGAAACCAGCGCAGUGCCAGCUAAAGCCCCAGCUGUCCACUGUCAUAACCGUGUCCCAAGGCAGGAAGUGGCCCCAGAGCCUGUGUGCUAACUUGCUGGGCUCCUCAAAACACUGUCUUUUUCUGUUGAGCCUUUAUGUGGGGAAAGAUCAGCAGCAUUGGGAGAAGUAAGAAAAAGUUAGUAAUCGUGUCCUUGUACCUUGGGGUAGUUUCUUCCCUCUGAAGGAGACAGGCUUGUUUUCCUGCCCACAGCUGUUGUCUGCGGGAAGGCUGUGCCAGCCCCUCCGUCUCUGUUGGGCUCUGGUGGUGAAGAUCACCCAGUCCAGUCUCUCUGCUUGCCUGGGAUGUGCCCUGAGGAGAGGACGAGCAGGCAAGGCUCCUUCUGGGCACCUGCCCCCUUGAAUGCAUCCUGGGAUGGGUGACUCCGUUGAGCAGGGCCAGAGAGGAGAAGUGCAAAUGUUUACUGUCAGGUCUCCAAGGCUCCUGGUCUUUCCCGAGAUUGUAGCUGAAAUCUACUGUCUCUUGUUUUAUUAAUUUGGGGGUGUGGGGGUUCAGGCUUCGCCAUGGGCGUGAAGCAGUGUAUGUCUCUAAUUUAACGGAUUUAUGGCUUUCUCUGCUAAUUGAGAGAGCAUUAUUUAUUUGUUUUGACACAAGUGCUUUCAGUGUUUUAUCCUAGCUAAUGGCUUCGUAAAGGUAAUAAAACCCUUCCAACCUAAUUGGUCAGAUAAGAUUUUUUUCUUGUGUGCUUAAAUAAAGCAAUUAGUGAAGCGCUUCUAUCCAAAAUGACUUUUUUUGUCCUUUUUUAAAACUAAUUUACUGUUACUGGAAACUUUUUAUACAAUAAAGCAAUCGUGCAGAUUAAAGAACAA